AUGGAAGGGACUGUGCUCUGGAUACUGCUUCUUCAAGGGCUUCUGGGCCUCGCAUGGGGGGAGAAUGAAGAACUUCGACUUUAUCGCCAUCUCUUCAGUAACUAUGACCCUUCCCGAAGGCCAGUAAGGUGGCCAGAAGAAAAAGUCUUUGUCAAUUUCAAGGUCACCUUGACCAACCUCAUCUCAUUGAACGAGAAACAGGAGACUCUCUCAACCAGUGUUUGGAUUGGAAUUGAUUGGACUGAUUAUCGACUCAACUACAGCAGUAAUGACUUUGGGGGCAUCACAACUCUGAGAGUUCCUGCUGACCUCGUGUGGCUCCCUGACAUCGGGCUGGAGAACAACAUAGACGGCGUGUUCGGAGUGGCCCACGAGGCCAAUGUGCUGGUGAAUGAGGGCGGCUUUGUGAGCUGGCUCCCCCCAGCCCUCUACAGAAGCACCUGUUCAGUGGAAGUCACCUAUUUCCCCUUCGACUGGCAAAACUGCUCCCUAGUUUUUCGGUCUCAGACGUACAGCGCUGCAGAGGUGGCAAUUGUCUUCUCCGAGGAGUCUGGCCAGAUUCUAAACAAAAUCCAGAUUGAUGAGGAGGCCUAUACGGAGAACGGCGAGUGGGCCAUCGAUUUCUGUUCUGGGCAGAUCUUGCACCAUGAAGACCGCUCAGGGGAUGCCGCCGGGCACACUGAAGUCAUCUACACGCUCAUCAUCCGCAGGAAGCCCCUUUUCUACGUCAUCAAUAUCAUCGUACCCUGCGUUCUUAUCUCAGGCCUCGUCCUCCUAGUUUACUUCCUUCCCGCACAGGCGGGUGGGCAGAAGUGUACAGUCUCCAUCUCCGUCCUCCUGGCCCAGACUGUGUUCCUGUUUCUCGUGGCGACAAAAAUCCCAGAGACUUCUCUGAGCGUCCCUCUGUUAGGGAGGUAUCUCAUUUUCGUCAUGGUGGUGGCCGCACUGAUUGUCAUGAAUUGCGUCAUCGUGCUCAACGUGUCCCUAAGGACGCCUAACACUCAUGUUAUGUCCCCUCGGUUACGUUAUGUUUUCUUAGAGCUGUUGCCAGGUCUUUUGGGUUCUAGUCCACCUCCACCGGCGCCGGGAGCGGGUUCUUCCCAACGUCGGGCUUCCUCCCUGGGAAUUCUGCUCCGGGCGGAGGAACUGAUCCUGAGAAAGCCCCGGAGUGAGCUGCUAUUCGAAGGGCAGAGACAUCGGCACGGGCCAGGGCCAGCUGCCUCCACUGCCGCGUUAUGUCAGAGCCUGGGAGCUGCUGCAUCAGAGAUUCGUUGCUGUGUAGACGCGGUGAACUUCUUAGCGGAAAGCAUGCGGGAGCAGGAAGACUCUGGGGAGGAAGUUUCCAGCUGGGUCCUCGUGGGAAAGGCCUUGGACAACCUCUGCUUCUGGGCAGCCCUGGUGCUCUUUGGGUUUGGCACAGGCCUCAUCUUUCUUGGGGGUCAUCUGAACCGAGUGCCUGCUCUGCCCUUCCCCCCUUGUAUGUAGACUUCCUUUUUGACCAGGAGGCACAUAACCCUAAGACUCAACUUCCACCCUGGAUGGGUCUCAUCUUGACCCUUGUUGGCCAGUCCCAUCAUGAGAUAAGACUUUCAGUGACCAUAGUCACCAAGGCCCAAGUGAAAAGGAGGCCUCCCACAUUUCACCCUUCCCAAAAACUUUUCUUGGGUUUCUAGAUGUGUGCCGACCCCAGCCUCCUUCAGUUAUUUUUAUUCCAUCGAUACGACUCGCACUGAGGCCUCUCUCCUCUUCUAUGAUAUAUGGGCCAUAGCAGCCUCCCCAGCCCCUGGUCUCCCACGAAAUCCCCUGAACCAUGACCAAAGUAAGGUCACUGACCCUGUAUCAAAGUCUCUUUUCCCAGUGACUGGGAGCGGUUUCCCAGGCACUGCCUCUUUCCUCUCUCCCCCAGAAUCAACACCAACAGUAAGUCAUAGCCAGCACUCACGUGGUGCUAGAAUGUUUGCACAGCACUCCACGUGUUAGCUCAUUUGAUCCUUACAACUACCAUCUCCACUUUAAAGAUGACAAACAGAGGUACACAGGGGUCACACAGGGAGUGUGUGUCUGAGGCAGGAUUUGAAGGUCCUUCCUGUGUCCACACACUGUCCACCAAACCAUCUAACACACUGACCUGAACACCAAGCCUAAGGGGUUCCCAGUUCCCCUCUCCCCCACCCCCACCAAAAAUUACUCAUCUUGCUUGACCCAGACAACCCUACAAACCCACGAUGUGUGCAUUACUGGGUUUGGCCCUCCUUCCACAGGAUACACUGUGGACCUGACCUGUUUCUGUGUUCCCUGACUGGCCCCUCUACUAUACUCCCCCUCAAUAAAGCUUGCUUCUGCUAACCCCGCUA